AUGGAAGCCUCAAUGGAAGUCCUCAAUAGUGGAGUUACAGCAGUAAGUCCAAAAAAAUAUAACUCCAAAAUGAUAUGCAAAAAACUUCCAGAGGGGGCCCCGGUGAAGACAGCCUGGCAUGGAGGUAGGAGGUUCUGCACAGCGCUGGACUUUGAGCAGGAUAUGGCCAGGGCAGCCUCCUCUUCCUUCCUGGAGAAGAGCUAUGAGCUACCCGAUGGCCAGGUGAUCACCACCAGCAACGAGCUCAUCCACUGCCCCACGGAACAGCUCCAGCCCUCUUUCCUGGGCAUUGAGUCCCGUGGCAUCCACGAAACAACCUUCAGCUUCAUCAUGAAGUGCAAUGUGGACAUCCGAAAGGACCUUCACACCAACGCUGUGUUGUCUGGCAGCACCACUAUGUACCCCGGCAUUGCUGACCGGAUGCAGAAGGCGAUCACCACCCUGGCCCCCAGCACCAGGAAGAUCAAGAUCAUCGCGCCUCGGGUGCGCAAGUACUCGGUGUGGAUGGGGGGCUCCAUCCUGACCUCGCUGUCCACCUUCCAGCAGAUGUAGAUCAGCAAGGAGGAGAAUGAUGAGUCUGGUCCAUCCUUCGUCCACCGCAAGUGCUUCUAG